ACGACAAAAUGGCAGCAGCUGUUUGCAACACGUCUGUUUGUAGACUUCUACGCUUCGCUUUUGUGAUGAUACUCUUACUACAUUAUGUCACGUCAGCAAAGAAGAAGGCAGUUUCAAAAAAAGACUCAACAGUCAAGUUAGAGGGCAAAGUCAAGCAGCUUUUGGACUGGAACCUUCGCAAACCAAUUAUAAACCUCAAUGGCGACAAAUUUCGCGAAUACGUGAAGUCUUCGCCUCGCAACUACUCGAUUAUUGUGAUGUUCACCGCUCUGCAGCCACAGCGACAGUGUCAGGUCUGUCGGCAAGGGCACGAGGAAUACGAGAUUGUGGCUAGUUCAUGGCGUUCUUCGAGCGACUACUCGUCGCGCGUGUUCUUCACUAUGGUCGAUUUUGAUGAAGGACCGGACGUUUUCCAGGCAAUGAAACUUAAUUCCGCUCCUUUGUUUGUACACUUUCCUCCAACAGGAAAGAGAAAGGCUCAGGACACUAUGGAUUUGCAAAGAACAGGACUUGGUGCAGAAUCCAUUGCAAAAUUUGUGCAAGAUAGAAGUGGCGUUCCCAUACGAGUUAUUCGUCCUCCCAACUACACAGUACCUAUCGUCAUGCUUUUGGCACUGGGAACUAUAGGACUGCUAGCAUAUUUUACACGUAUUGACAUCUCCUUUCUCUAUAGUACAACCAACUGGGGUUAUGCAGCACUUUGUAUUAUAUUUGCUAUGAGCUCGGGUCAGAUGUGGAAUCAGAUCAGAGGGCCACCUUUGUUUCACAAGAACCCACAGACUGGAGAAACCGCAUACAUCCAUGGCAGCAGUCAAUAUCAGUUUAUUUCUGAGAGUUACAUCAUCAUGGCUCUUCAUGGAGCCAUUACUUUUGGCUGGAUUCUUCUUUUUGAAACGGCACCGGGAAGCCGAGGCAGCUCGAAGAAAACUACUGCAAUAUUGGGUCUAGUCCUUGUUGUUGGUGUUUUCAGUCUUUUGCUGUACAUCUUCAGGAGCAAGUAUCCAGGAUAUCCAUACAGGUUUUUGUUGUGAAAGCUGUGGACUGAACAAAUCAUUUAGAUGAUGUUGUCCAUUCUGAAGUAACGUAAAUAAAGAGGCAAACAGUGUUACAAACACA